UUUAUAAUUAUAGGGAAAUCGUGUUUACUCAAAAAUGACAAGUGGCGCAACUGGGAUUGCUGUCGGGGGUCCAGUGUACUUAUAUCACACAACCCAAUUUACCAACAACCAGCACUAAUUAUCGAAUAGGAGGGAAGACUUGGAUUAAUUUCAACAUGGACUUGAUCAAUCCAUCUGCAACGAAAGAAGAAGCGAUAGGAGCACUACACUACUGCAUAACCAUGGGCUAUCUCGAUGUCGUAGACCCCAUCUUGAAAAUUCAUUUUGGAACGUCAAAACUUUCGGAUCUAUCCAGUCAGUGUAUAGAACUUUUAACAUGUGUUGCGAAGUCGGGUUCUGUUGACUUGCUGGUGAGGCUGUUGUGUCAUGUGGAUGAGGGGUUCUUGGCAACAACACUCGGCCACCGAAGCCUCGUUACCAAACUACUCACCGUGGCAGUCGCUAGUGGGAACGAUGCUGUGUGUGGGACGCUGAUCGAGAGAGGUGGGGACCCCUGUGGACAAAUUAACGGUACGACAUUCUUACACGCUGCUGUGGCCCAAGGACAGGAGAGAUUGAUUAAAGCUUUGGUGGAUGGGGGAGCCGAUGUAUGCUUAAGGGACAGAAGAGGAGAAACACUAAUAUUUCCAGUCAUAAUGUCCAACAUCUCCAACAAGGCUGACUUAGUGAGUUGGCUAGUAUCACGAGGGGUGGAUCCUAAAAGCACGGGCAUUAGCGGAAAACAACCCAUACACCUGGCGGCUGCUCACUCACCUGAAAUGAUUUUACGUCUUGUGGAGUUAGGCUGUGACGUCAAUCAAACGGACGUUGUUCAUAACGAGACCCCUCUACACAUAGCUUGCAGUAGGUGUAACGUUGAUACCAUUGACACUUUGAUCAACUGCGGGGCGAAAUUCAACAUAACAAACAACGAGGGGGAAACACCGCUGACUAAACUACUGAAGUUUGCAAAAGACAUACACAGUUUUCACUCUAGGUUGAGAUUGAAUUUAGCCAGACAGUUAAUACGGUACGGAUUCGUUUGCAAGACAAAUUAUUUAGAGAAGAAAGGAAAACAGAAAGUAGGAAGAAACAAACCAUUUGAGCUAUAUCAGAGACUGUGUCUGGAAUGUAAGAAAGUACCCAGCCUUCAGCACCUGGCCAGGGUGGUAGUUCGUGAUCACAUUAAGCCUGUAAACGUGCGGAAGGCGGUCUUUUCCCUGAGUGUUCCGUCUCAUCUCAAACACAACCUUAUGUUCACUGACUGCACAUUGUCAUCGACCUCGUCCUAAUGCUCACCUGUGUAUUUCAUGUGGUGCUCGGUGUACCUGUACCUGUGGUAGAAAUGAUCUCAUUUUUAAAAAAGUUAUUUAAUGUAUUGGGUUUUUAAUAAAACAUUUACGAUA